CAUUAGGUGUGUGCGUGUUCCAAUUUUCGGACAGCAUGUGCUCGGUGCUGUGUGUUCUGUGGUGCUGUCUUCUAACUUCUAAGCAGUCUGCGUAGACUGUCUACAUGAUGUCUAAGAAUUGUAACACAGCCGUGGUGUACCGCUACUACGGCUUUGACAAGUUUCAAUGCUUCACCCCGGAUCGUGCGAAGUCUUUUCGUUCAUGUCCUGGCGAUGUUGGUGCGGUGCGGUCGGUGCACGUUGGCUGGGCGAACGCUAUAUUCGUGACAGAGGCUGGCAUUGCCGAGCUCCGUGGACAUAGCGGCCCCCGCCAAGUAGGUGAAGGAGGGACCACCCGGGCAGUGCUUGGCGUACGGGGCCACUGGAUAGUGCUUGGUGUAGAGACGGCCCUCCUUGGACGAGGGUGCAAGGUACUGAAAGUGUUCGGCCCAAUGCAAGCAGCUGCCCUCGGUCCUGCUCUGGCAUUGCUUGUGUGCCACAGUGGUUUCAUGCAUGAGGUACGCCUCGAUGAUAUCAGGAUGACUUCGGUGCCGACGAAACACCGGGUGCGUGAGGUGAGCUGCGGCCACGGCCAUCAGCUGGCGCUCACUGCCAACGGCGAGCUGCUGAGCUGGGGAAACGGUGGCCACGGAGAGCUGGGCCAUGGCAGUCUUGAGUCUGUGCAGUCGCCGCGUCUGAUUGAGCCACUCGCCGGCGUGGUCCUGGCAGGCGCCGCUGCGGGUGGAUGGCACUCGGCUGCGCUCAGCGAUGCUGGUGACCUGUACCUCUGGGGCUGGAACCUCGAUGGGCAGCUGGCCACUGAGCCCAUGGAGAAGCCACUGUCCGCAUUGCCUCUGCUGUUUGACAUGGAUGUGUGUGCCGUGAGCCUGGGCUCACGGCACACAGCUGCUGUAGCAGCCAACAGCUCGGCUUGGGCCUGGGGUAGCAACGCGUAUGGACAGCUAGGCCCUGGCUCAGAUGAAAUUACGCAAAGUGCCAAGCCCGUGCAGCUGGUAGCCGAAGACGCAGUCGCUGUGAAGUGCUCUCCUUGGGCCACCCUGUUGUCAAUAAAGUUGCCAGGGUCAUGAGUG